UUGGAUGGAUGAUGAAAGUAAUAAUGAAUUGGUUGAGGAGCUUGGACAUACGGAAAAUCCUAUUGAAGAUCACGAUGAUUAUGGUGUCUCUGAUGAUAAUUGGGUGCCUGAUCCAAUGGACGCUGGCCCUGACUACAAAUCAUCGAUGUAUCGUUCGGCUGAUAUCACCAAUUUACUUGUGAGCCUCUUCGACACUACGGAUGUGAUUACAGAAGAAAUCCAAAAUCAGAUGGCUUCUUGUUUGUUAUCGAAAUUGGAUUAUGAUACAGGAAGAGAGCAAACUAAACUCGAAUUAUUUAAGCUACGUUUUGGGGAGGCAAAAAUGGCACCCACAGAGGUCAUGAUCAAGGAUAUUGCUGAUUCCAAAAGGAUUGACACUAAUAUAUAUAAUGAAAUAUCAAUAUCCAAGGCAGUCGGAUUGGAAAAUGUUAAAGAAUCUGUGUUACAUGGUUCCAUUAUCUCUAAAUUAUUUUGGCCUAUUCUAAAAAAUGAAGAGUUCAAUGUGCCUAAACCUAUAUCAGAGAACAUGCAGAAAUACGAAAACGCUUUUCAAAUUUUGAAACCUAGGAGAGAAUUAAAAUGGCUAUCAUCACUUGGAAAGGUUCACGUGGAAUUAGAAUUACAGGAUCGUACGCUAGAAUUCGAAGUUGCUCCGAUAUAUGCGACAAUCAUUUACCACUUUCAAGAACAAGAUACGUGGGACCUUCGUUCUUUGGCUGAUAAAAUGAAUAUAGAUCCUUCGAAAUUAAAAGGAAAAAUUGGCUUCUGGGAGGAUCGUGGUGUUUUGAAACUGAUUGAGAAUGAUAAAUGGAUUGUACUUGAA